UUGUAACAAAGAAAAGAGAAAGCCCUGCACAACAAAAGAAAAGCAAAAGCAUGCCAAUUGGUCCUCCCAUUUUCCUCGUCUUUCCCUUCUUUUCCACGCCAUCUUUUCCUUUCCCAGAAACUCAUCUUCUCCCAUCUCUCUCUCUCUCUCUCUCUCUCUCUCACUCACUCAUUCUAAUCAUUGGGCUAUAAGAUCAAUUUUGUCCAUGUUUGCUUAGCAGGAAGAUGGAAACUCCAUGAUUAGAACCCCAAGUUGUAAUAUUUUUCCAUGGCUGCGCUUGGCAACCCAAAAACUUGGAUUCCCUACGUGAACAUCAGAGAUUGCUCUCAAGGUUUUUGCAGUGUUUACUGUCCACAGUGGUGUUAUAUAGUGCUUCCUCCUCCUCCUCCACCUGCCCUCGAUUUCCCUCAAGAUGACGAUUCAUCCCCAAAUUUCUCUCCUCUCGUUAUAGCCAUAAUUGGGAUAUUGGCCAGUGCUUUCCUUCUGGUAAGUUAUUACACGUUCAUGUCCAAGUACUGUGGGAACAGAGGAAGAUCUUCAGACGGAGAGAAUCUUCCCCAGAAUGAUGAGAUUGAAGAUAAUCACAACCCUUCGCUGCACGAGCCCUGGCAUGUCCAAACCAGUGGGUUAGAUGAAGCUCUGAUAAAGUCAAUCACAGUGUGUAAGUACAAAAAAGGAGAUGGGUUGGUUGGUGUCACAGACUGCUCUGUUUGUCUCAGUGAGUUUCGAGAAGAUGAGCAUAUCAGACUGUUGCCUAAAUGCAGCCACGCUUUUCACCUUCCGUGUAUCGAUCAAUGGCUCAAAUCUCACUCUAAUUGUCCUCUCUGUCGUGCUCUUAUCUUCACCUUCAAUGCUUCGACCCCUCAAGUGGUUCCACCUGUGACAGAGGAAUCUUCCUCAGGAAAUGGAUCUUCUUCACGGGAAAUUCAGAAUGUGAAUGAGGAAAAUGGAGGGGUUGGAAGAAGAAACGAAGAAACAGUUGGGGAUGGGGAAGAAGGUCCGAAGCCAGCGUUGCGUGCUUUUAGCGAUCUGGGUUUUCUGCGAGGAAGGCAUAGAAUGAUUGAGAUGAUCAGAGACGAAGGGGAUGAAGACGAUGAAGCCAUAAGAAGGUCAGUGUCCAUGGAUCAUCAUUCGCUACAAAUUGGUGGAGUAGGAUCAAACGAAGCGGGCCCUUCAAAGAGAUCACAAGGAGAAAGUAGCAAGUCUAGUAGCAGAAGAAGGGUGCUUCUGCAUUGUGUGUUGAGUCCAAUCACAAUGAAGAGAUCAUUUUCCAGUGGAAGAUUCUCGUUUCGCAGAAAUGGAGGAAGGCAAGGGAUUAUCCCUGUCUGAGACUUCCCCUGUUUUUCCCAAAAAACAAAAACUCUGAUGGUAUGAUGUUAAGAUGACAAUAUGUGUGGAGAGUAAUUGGCAUACUAAUUAGUGAGUGUGAGAGCAGAAAUAUGUGGAAAAACCUGUGUUUGUGUUUACCAUCAUCGUCGGAUGGACAUAUUUUUCCCCUAAUGAAAGAGUUUACGUUUUGGUCAACAUCACAAUAAAUGUCUCUCCGUCUCCGCCUUGUGCGGAUGAAGAUUACAAGGCCUACAAGGCCUCGUUUCAGAUA